UCCAUGAUCAUGAUGUUCAUUGUUUGAGCAGAUAUUAUUGAUACAAGUUUGUGAUUGAAAAUAGUUCGGACACAUUGUGUGCAGAGGCUGCUUGCAUUAGUUCCAACUAGUUAUUCAAUACGUUCAGCUGACUUCCACCCUGUCCACGGACUGGAUGUGCGCGGAAGAUUUUCUUAUCUCCCAAAGCAAUUUGAAAAUGAGUUUGCUAUGAGUGCUGCCUGCUUUGUGCAAUUAGUAGUGUUUGCGAAUUCUACAUUUACGGAAGUCCCACGAUGUUUGCGGUGAAUGCAUUAUUGCCGCGACUGUGCUGCUGCUUUUUUGAGGAUGAUGCAGAUGAUGGAAUUCCCCUUUCCAAUAUGCAGCCCGUCAUUCUGGAUAGCUCCAAAGUUGGACUUGAAUGUGUAAUAUUAAAGGGAGGACGACGGCUGUGUGGUGCUGGCGCUGCACUGGCCAAUGCUCCUCUCGUGCAGAACAAAAGCUAUUUUGAGGUCAAGAUCCAAACAACAGGUACAUGGGGAGUGGGUCUUGCGACACAAAAGUGUCAUCUGGACAGGGUGCCACUUGGUGGAGAUAUGAGUAGCUGGGUGCUGCGGAGUGAUGGUAAUGUCUGCCAUGAUGGUGAGGUCAUCUACACAACUUCUCCCAAGCCUGAUGAAGGAGAUGUAGUGAGUUGUACGUAUGACCACAUUGAGCUGAAUUUCUUCCUGAAUGGCAAGUCUUUACAGUGCCCUGUCAGUGGGGUACGAGGCCGUGUCUUUCCAGUGUUUUACGUUGGUGAUGGUGCCAUCCUCGACGUAGCCUUCAAGGAUUUUUCCUUCCCGGCCCCGGAUACAUUUGAUGAGAUCAUGUUUGAGCAGAAUAUCCUCUAGAUACUUACACUGUGCUAGCUAGUCACCACCAUCUGUAUUAUCAUCAUAGCUGAAUUCCUGUACCCGUGUCUGCCAUAGAGAAUCCGGUACCCAGCAGUGCACGGCAGUGUCUUUCCUUUAGGGUGAGCGUUAAGCUCAUAGCACAUAGACUUACUUCAAGCAACGUCUUGUCAAGUUUCUUCAUCAUGUCGGUCGUGGCUCUGUCAUGGCUGUGUGAUGGUGCCACACUGUGGGCUGUUGUUCAGUCUUUGCCACACUGAGCAUACUCCCACUCAUAGUGUGCACUGUGUUGUCGCUGCAUGCUGCAACUACGGUGUAGACCUCUUGUUCUCAAUUCUCUCAGAAAUGACCUCAUGAAGAUGUAUUUGUGUUGUAACUGUGCUUUUCAACGAAUGCUGGUCAUUGUUUUUGGUGCUCCCUGAACUCACGUUAUCUAGUUUAGUUUCUAUGGUUACCGUUCCGGCCCGGCAUUGGUCCUAUACGUGCAGUCUCUCUCUCUCUCUAGUCUUGUUGUAGUAGUAGUAUUUUCACCAGGGAGUCGUAAAAAAAGUUUUUUCGACUCUCUGAUUGUCACUGUAUGUGCUAUUUAUGCUAGUAACUCACAAAUCCUACUUCCUGCCGGUGUUUCUGUGUACUGUCCUGCUAUCGUACAAUGCAGGCGUUGCGUUCCUCACCCUCAACCCCCCCCCCCCCCCCCCACUCGUUCUGUUGAACCUUUUUUCCUUCAUUUUACUGAAUACCUCAGAACCAUCAGAUCAGAUGCUGUUAUCCACAUAGUUUCCAGUAUACACUAUUCAGUUAUUGUAGCAAUCUAAUUACUGUGUGCUUCUAAGUACAACACCGAAUGUUCCCUGUUCUAUGA